AUGGCGGUGCCUGAAGAUCCAGAAACAGGGGACUUUGACCCUUCAACUCUGGCUCCGAAUUUCACGGGCCACCAGCUCUUUUACAUCUUUGGCGUACAUGGAGUUGGCGCUUUGAUCAUCUCCGGUGGCAUCAAUCUCGCUAUUGCGUAUGCCAUGUAUUCUACGCAAGACACAGCUACGAAACCCAUUCGGCUCUGGCAGCUUCCCAAUACGUUGGCGGGCGAUGCUGCUGUCACCAUGAUUAUACAGUGCAUCAUUACCUGGUUCGUCGAGCUUUUGAUUCUUCGCUUCGACCUCAGCCAGCGCUCCGUUCAACCCAUCGGCUUUAUUUCACGGCCUGCAAAUCCUUUGCUGCGAUGCUUCUUCUUUCUUCCGCGAGACUCGACAGCUGAGGCCAAGACGCAGCCUCGGCCAUGGUCGUUGGUUGAAGUCAUUCAGCAGGCUCUGAGAGGGUUCUGUUUCGCUGUAGCGGGCUUUCUGUUGCUGUGGCCCGUCUUCGUGGGCGUAUUGACGGCUUUCGGCGACAAGGAGGGCGGCGAUUAUUACUAUCAUCGAAAAUGGGUGCCCGAGAUCUUCAAGCUGGUCUUGGGUGGAGUUCUGGGGCUGCUCACGACGCCGUGGAUGGCGAUGUUUUGGCUGGUCAAGGCUGGGUGGGAGGAGACGAAGGAUGUUCCGGUGAUUGCGGAAGUAUAA